UGGAGGAAGAUCUGUUGUUGUCAGCAUGAAGGACAAGCAGCAGAUCCCAGAGCUGCUGGAUCAAGUGGACAAGAUGAGACGGUCAGAACCUCACAGCUACACCAGAGAAACAUUCGCUCGAGCUCAAAUGGAAAAGAUCAUAGAACAAGAGGCUGAAAUCAAGAAACUGAAAAGGUCUGAUGUGAUCACUGGUGAUGACAAGCAGCAGAGCUCAGAGAUUCUCAGGAUUGUGCUGAUUGGGAAGACUGGCAGUGGAAAGAGCUCUUCAGGAAACACCAUUCUGGAAAGAGAUGAGUUUAAAUCCAAGUCAAGUCAAAAAUCAGUCACCAAACGUUGUCAGAAAGAAGUGGGUGAAGUGGACGGACGUCCUGUUGUCGUGGUCGACACUCCUGGACUGUUUGACGACAGUUUGCCUCAUCAUGAAGUCAAUGAAGAGAUGGUGAAAUGCAUCAGUCUUCUGUCUCCAGGACCACAUGUCUUCCUGCUGGUGAUACAGAUCGGCAGAUUCACACCAGAGGAAAAGAAGACAAUCAGCUUAAUCAAGAAAGGUUUUGGAAAGAAUUCUGAAAAGUUCACCAUCAUUCUUUUAACUGGAGGAGAUAAACUGGUGAAGGAAGGGCAGUCUGUUGAAGAUUACAUUGAAGAAGAAUGUGAUGAUUCAUUCAAGAAGCUAAUUAAUGACUGUGGACGAAGAUUCCACGUGUUUAAUAAUGAAGAUAAAGACAAUCACACACAAGUCAGUGAGCUGAUAACAAAGAUCGACGCCAUGGUAAAGGAAAAUGGAGGAAAAUGCUUCACCAACGAGAUGCUGCAAGAGGCUAAAGCAGCGAUACAGAAAGAAGUGAAGAGAAUCCUGAAGGAGAAGGAAGAAGAGAAGAGAAGAGAGAUGGAGGAGCUGGAGAGAAAACAUGAAGAAGAAAUGAAUGAGAUUCAAAGAAGAAUGGAAAAAGAGAAAGAAGAAAUUCAGCAGGAAAGAGACCUGAGGCUCAAAGAAAUGGAGGAAAAGAUCAACAAGGAGCGUGAGCAGAGAAAGAAGGCACAGAAAAAUAGAAAGGAAGAAGAAAGGAAAAGAGAAACUGACGAAGAAAGGUAUCGACAGAAGCAAACAAUGGAGCUUGAAAUGUUGGACAAACAAAUUCAAUUAGAAAAAGAGGAAAAGAAAAGUGUUGACAGAAAGCUGGAAGAGACCAGAGAUGAGAUGACAAAGAAACAAGAAGCCUGGGAGGAAGAACGAAGAGAGUGGUGGGAGAAACGAAAACAAGAAGAUGAAGAGAGGCGACAGGAGGAGAAAAGACUAAUGGAGGAACUGGAGGAAAAGUACAAGCAGGAACAAGAAGAAUAUGAAAAGAAACGAAGAGAAGAAGAACAAAACAGGAGAGAACAAGAAGAAAAUAAACGGAAACUGUUCAAUGAAAAACUAGAAAACCAGAAGAAGAUGUAUGAGGAGGAAGCCAGGAAGAAAGCUGAAGAGUUCAACGAAUUCAGAGAGAAACACACCAAAGAGUUCACAGCUCAGAGGCAACAGCAUGAAGAACAACUGAAAGAUAAAGAUGAGAAGUAUGACCUGUUAAAGGCACUCGCAGCCCAAAAAGAAAAAGAAAAGAAGAAAAAAUAUCAAGAAGAUAUCAAUAACUUAGUGAAGUGUGUGUCCAAGAAGAGAGAGAACCUGAAAAAAAUCAAUAACUUGCUGACAACACAUGAGAACCAAAUGAAGAAGGCGACAAGUGAGGAGGAAAAAGAAAACCUGCAGAAAAUUCAUGAAAGAGAAAUGAGCGACAUGAUACAGGAACUUCUGAAGGAAGUCAAGACAAAGUCCACCUGUGGCAUUUUAUAAGGUGAAACUGACACAACAUUUGUGCAGCAGCUUUCUGCAACAUUAUAUUUUACUGUCAAGUGACCUUAAGCAGUCCAAUAACUUCCUGUUUAUAAAACCUAAAACAACUGUUUUAUCAGUCGUAUAUAGGAUCUACAGGCACAUCUGUUUUUAUUGUUUGCCGUUUCAUCUCAUAGAGUUUGAGUAUUGUACAAAGAGGAGGUGAAAUGAGCCGACGGUUCAGCCUGCAGAAAGUCUUCAUGAGGUUUUGUUCCAUUUUCUUCUGGACUUUUUUGAUGGGAACUUAAAGAGAAUGGUUUUGUUUUUUUUAUUAAUAAUGAUUUUUGGGUUAUUUUUAACGAUAAGAAAGCACAUGAUGCUUGAAAAGUCAAAGAAAUAAAACAUUAUAGCAAACA